AUGAGCACCCAAGGAGUUUGGUGGAAACAGUGGAGCCCCGAUGAGGUGACCGUUGGCGACCCAGAUGUGCCCGAUGUGUGGAAAACCUGUGUUCUCAGCGGCGUCUUCUACGGCGGUAACAACUACAACGGUAGACUGGGAUCGCGUAUCUCGUCCGUCUUCGUCAUUUUGUUUGUGUCGACCGCGUUCACGCUUUUCCCCGUCGUGGCAGCGCAGGUCAAGUGGCUCAGAAUCCCCAGAUACGUGUACUACUUCGCGCGUUACUUCGGUACCGGUGUGAUCGUCGCCACCGCUUUUAUCCAUUUGCUCGACCCUGCGUACGACGAAAUCGGAGGUGCCAGUUGUGUCGGCCAGACCGGCAACUGGGCCCUCUAUUCGUGGUGUCCCGCCAUUGUGUUGGCAACUCUGGUGUUGACGUUUUUGGUGGACCUGGCCAGUGGCAUGUACGUGGAGAGAAAGUACGGCCGGCGUCAAGGCGGGUGCUGCGACAACGACGUUAUCGAAGACGCUGUCGUUUCCAAGCCCCAAAAAGGCAACCCUGCGAGUAAAAAUGAUUUGGAAAGAUGCACUCUCAACGAAUCCGCCAACAGCGUGGACGUCGCGGGCCAAAAAUCAUACGACGUUGUGUCAGACUCGGAAUCCGACAUCAACGUACAGCCUUUCGAAAGUCAAAUUGGUGCGUUUUUAAUUUUGGAAUUUGGUAUCAUCUUCCACUCCGUCAUGAUUGGUUUGAAUUUGGGUACUACCGGUGACAAUUUCGGUGAAUUGUAUGCGGUUCUCGUGUUCCAUCAAUCUUUUGAAGGUUUGGGUAUCGGUGCCAGACUAUCUGCAAUCAGUUUCCCAGAGGGUAAAAAAUGGUGGCCAUAUGCGCUUUGUGCAGCAUACGGUUUGACCACUCCUAUCAGCAUUGCCAUUGGAUUGGGUGUCAGAACCACCUACGAUGGUAACUCUUACAAUGUCAAUGUAGUUUCAGGAGUUCUAGAUGCCAUCUCUGCAGGUAUUUUGAUUUACACAGGUUUGGUCGAGUUGCUUGCCCGCGAUUUCCUUUUCCACCAAGAAAAGAACAGAAGCGUAUCCAAGGUAUGCUUCAUGGUUGGUUGCAUGCUUUUGGGUGCCGGUAUCAUGUCCUUGCUUGGUAAAUGGGCUUGA